AUGGCGCAUCCCCGCGGCGGUCACAAUCCAGCUUGGGGUCGUGAUACUGGCCCUCCUCCUCCGACCAGCCGACAGGCCUACGGCGGUUACUCGUUUCCCUAUCCUAACGGUGCUGCACAGUACUAUCCUCCAGUGCAAUAUCCCUACUGGGGCUACGGUAACCAGCCCUGGACUUACCCGAUGAUGAAUGCUGCCCAGCAGCCUCUGGCACCGGCCAGUGUACAGCAACCACCUGCCUUUGCCAACACGGCUCGCAUGGCUACGGGGCAGCCCGUCAUCGACGCCUCUCUACCAGCGGCAAACAUGACUAACUCGACCGGUGGUGUGGGCUGUGAGCCCGGAUACAACUACUUUUUCCCUUCAGAGCACACAAAGAUCCACGUCUUCCGCACCGGAGACACGCCCCCUUGGAACCUACCCCCACACUUCGUCUGGCCGUUUCAUACAGUGCAUGUACCGACCAACACCACCCUCGCCUCGCUGCUCAAGGGCUUCGGCGCGGUGAACCCCGACCCUAGGAAGAACAGGGUAACAGAGUGUCACCAGGGAGGGAAUGGGCGGUGGUACAAAGGUAUGAGCUUCGGUGCAGAUGAGGAGGACAACAUGAAUAAACAGAUCAAGGAGGUAGGGUGGGACAAGACUCGGACUGGAUUGCCGGGCGGAAAGCCGGUGGUUCAUUUGUACGUCACCAAAGGGUGA